AUGCCUGCCUACGAACUCCGAUCCGGUGGUGAUGUCAAGAACAAGAAGCAGAGUGUCGCCGAUCUGAAAUACCGUCGCUUGACCGAGCUCAAUGCACGUCUGAAGGAGGAUCUGGACCGCCCUCGGGUCAAGGUCUCCGAGGCUGCUCUCUCGUGCGUGUCCACCCUUGAAUUCGGAGUGCAAAGCUGA